AUAUUGCCAAAUAAGUGUAUGCUCCUAAUCACUAAUAAACCGUACAAUUAAGCGUACAACUGGAAAAGACGGUGAACACAGAAGCAACAGCAAGCAUAAUAUAUUUCUAAGCAAAGGAAAUGAUGAAGAAAAACAUAUAUUAUUUAUUUAGGACAAUCAGGUGCUAGCUUUCUAUUAAAGUGCUGGCAAGCUAUAAGUGUUGAGUGGUCUAUUGCAGUUUCAGAAUAUAUUUUGAUGUUACAGCGGAGAGACAGUACAGAAUCUGUGGCCUACGACUGAGCUGUGAUCAUGAGCGUGCGCCAAACAAAGAAAGAGAACGCUACAUUCGUUGAACAGAACAAAUCAGAGUUUUGCAAACUCCUACUGACACAGCAUCUAUUGUCGAGUACCAAAUACGAUGCGUAUUUUAGAUAGAUUUGUGCGUCGCCUCAAUCUCGGAUAGUUUGCGCACAACCGUCAUUGCUCAGCCCAGAACACGGUUAGCCGUUAAUCAAAUGAUUGAACAAAGCUAAUAUUGAUUCGUGAAAUUGCAAAAGUCAUAAAAAAAGAAAAAGAAGCGUUUCAACGUGUUCUGAUUUCUGUUUCAGAGACUAGCAGACCAAAUUGGUUAAGAUCAUACGAAACCUAAUCUAGUUAUUGGUAGUCUGAUUUUUUUGGGGGGCUGAUAGUGUAAAACAGUAACGAAAUUUAAAUGAAACGUAUAGAUGCAGUGGUUGCUUCUAAACAUUGAUAUUAUUUCUAAAAAAGGAAAAAGAUUUGUCGUUAUUUCUAUAUGAAAAAGAAAAAAGCGUGGAAAAAAAAAGAAAUUCAUCUCUUACUGUACAUAUUUCAUGUAUUUAUGUACGAAUGUACACGUAUGAAUACGUGUAUAUAUUACAUUAUGCUAUAAAAAUGUAAUGUUACUGUUCUUGAUUGUUUUAAUUUCUUUGAACUUACAGUUUUGAGGAUGGUUCUACCGUGGGAACUGCUGCACGACACCGUUCCUUUUUUUCAUCUCUUUAAAUCACUUUUUUUUCACUUGUUCAUACUAAGAAUUCUGUAAAGACCCAUGAAAAUUACUUUUACAAGAAUUUUACAGUAUAUUUAUAUAGCAAAUAUUAAAUAAUUUGGUUAAAAAUUAAUCAUGCGUACAUUUCAAAUGUUGUUUAAUUUUAAUAAACAGUAAGCAUACAAAUUAAGAAAUCAAAUCUGUAUAUCGUGUAAAUUUACAAGUUAACUUUAGUAUUUCCAUUAUCAUAGAGAGUAAAAAUCAAGCGUUGUCAACGUAAAUAAUUCUUAUACAAGCCCUGGGGAGUAUAUGUGAUGGUGGAAAUAUUAAAUACAAUUAUUUAUCAUGUCACACAUUUAUCUAAUGCCGAUUUUCUUCGUAGGAAGUGCAUCAGAGUUCUUGCCAGGCCCUAUAUAUGACCUUAAUCAAAUUGGACAAGUUGUUGCGGGACCUGGAGCCAAGUACCUUACACUACCUGGCAUUCUAGGUGCAGGUCUUCCGAAAAUUACAUCUGAACAGCAAGAUACAGUAAACAGAGCAAAGAAGUAUGCAAUGGAACAGAGCAUCAAAAUGGUUCUGAUGAAGCAAACCCUUGCUCAUCAACAACAGCAAAUGGCUAGUCAACGGAAUCAGGUGCAGAGACAGCAGGCUCUCGCCCUCAUGUGCAGGGUAUAUGUGGGCAGCAUCAGUUUCGAAUUAAAAGAGGAUACAAUCAGGCAAGCUUUCUUGCCGUUUGGUCCUAUCAAGUCGAUCAACAUGUCCUGGGAUCCUGUUACUCAGAAGCACAAAGGAUUUGCAUUCGUCGAAUACGAGAUACCUGAAGCAGCACAACUUGCUUUGGAACAAAUGAAUGGUGUCAUGAUUGGUGGACGUAACAUCAAGGUCGUGGGGCGUCCGUCGAAUAUGCCCCAAGCUCAAUCCGUAAUAGACGAAAUUACCGAAGAGAGCAAACACUAUAAUCGUAUUUACAUUGCGUCCAUUCAUCAGGAUUUAACCGAAGACGAUAUUAAGUCUGUAUUCGAAGCAUUCGGUCCUAUUACCUAUUGCAAAUUAGCACAAGGUAGCUCGCCUCAUCGACACAAAGGUUACGGUUUUAUCGAAUAUGAAACAAUGCAAGCAGCUUUAGAGGCUAUCGCAUCAAUGAAUUUAUUCGAUUUGGGUGGUCAGUAUUUACGUGUAGGCAGAGCUAUUACUCCACCGAAUGCUCUUAUGGGUCCCCCAAGUGGAACCAGUAUGAUGCCUACAGCGGCAGCUGUUGCAGCUGCUGCUGCAACCGCAAAGAUUCAAGCGAUGGAUGCGGUAGCUAGUAAUGCAGUUGCUCUCGGUUUGACCAAACUUGGAGCAGCAGCUCCACCGAUUUUGAAUCAAGCUUUGCCUGGCAUAGUAAGACCUACAAUCGCUCCUGCGACAAUGAUGGCACCGCCUACUAUAGCAACGGUAGCACCGGUUAUACCACCCCCUGGUAUAGCUAUACCACAGACUUUAACUCGACCGCCGGCAAUAAUUCAACCGAUACCUGGACAACCAGUUGUUAUACCGCCUCCAGCUGUUGUUGCACCCACCAUUGUAGGAACUCCUGUUAUACCAGUCACAACUACGACAAAUUCCGAUAUAAUGAGGCGAGCACAAGAGCAAGCAGCUCAUCAGAAACAGCAAGAAGAAUUGCAAAAGAAGUUGUUAGAAGAAACAGAACCACAAACGUUACAGCAACAAGAGAAUAUGUCGAUUAAAGGACAAAGUGCACGUCAUCUAGUGAUGCAAAAACUAAUGCGUAAAGUUGAAUCCCGAGUUGUUAUUUUACGAAAUAUGGUAGCUCCGGAAGAUGUAGAUGAAAGUUUACAGGAAGAAAUUCAAGAUGAAUGUUCCAAAUUUGGAGUUGUAGAAAGAGUUAUUAUUUAUAAUGAACGUCAAUCUGAAGAUGACGAAGAUGCAGAAGUAAUCGUAAAAAUUUUUGUUGAAUUCUCCCAAAUGAGUGAGGCUGAACGUGCAAGGGAUUCUUUAAAUGGUCGUUACUUUGGUGGACGAUUGGUAAAGGGAGAGUUAUACGAUCAAGCUCUAUUUGACAAUAGUGACUUUUCUGGUUGAUCAAGAAAUAUUUGUAAGCUAUUGAAUUCCGCGAUUUCUUUCAUCCGAAAGAAUUUAUAUUUACUAUUGACUGAUGUUUCAUAUGUCAGCACUUGAAAUACUUCUUACGAUAAACUUCAACAAUUGUAAUCUGUCUCCUCUUCAAAAACUAUAGAUGUUAUAGAUUUUAAUUUUUGCUUAUCUACACCUGCGUACCUUAAAAAUCAGUAGACGGAUCGAAGUUACUAAACCAGUACCUAGUAGAACGAUAUUUUUAAAAGCUAUGAUUUUAUUAAAAUAAAAAUUUAAAAGAGAUAGCAUUAUUAAUAAAUUAUUAAUAGUAAUUCAAAUAUUAAUUUUCUGAAGGAAGAGGAUUUCCUGUUAAAUAUCGAUACCUUAUCAAUGCUAAAAAGAUUGAUAGCAUACAAAAGGACACACCCAAGUGUAUAUGCAUAAAAGUGUAGGACAUUAAUAACUUGUUUUACAUACAGGCUAUACUUAAUACAAACAAUAAAUACGUAAAUUAUAUAUCAACACAAGUAUAUGUUACAAUAAAAUUUGUACAUAUUUACUAAA